UCGUUUGUUGUUAUCGUUUGUUGAUUGAGGGGCGAUGACGAUCGAGGGAUCGGAUAGGGUGUUCAUCCUGUCAUUCGUUCCCAGAUACAGCUGGGACUUGCUUAACUGUCAAAAGUGAACAACUUGUCGAACAAGAAGAUUAACAUUUGUCAACCCCUAAAGUUGCGUUAGCUUUCAGGGGCAACGAGGAAGGAACCAUCUGCCGAAACAGUUUACCACAGUGUUGAGUACCUCGGUUAACAGGCCAAUCUCUCCUUUUAAAAAUUCUACCCUUCCAUAUAACUACACCAAGGAGCCGAAGCUCAACCCCCCACAAGCGCAACUAGGAAGGAGUAUACACCAAAAUCAAGAGAAACAGCUGACAGUUUCUGUGUAAACCACUCAACUGCACGUCUUGCUGGAGACAUUAAUAAAAUGGAUAGUAAGGAAAAAGACCAUAUUCUUAGCCUGAAAGUUAUGAGACUGACUCGACCCUCACUAUUUACGGGUCUUGCCAUUGGCAGUGAUGCUCGAGAUUUGCCAGGUGAUCAUCUCAAUGCAGAUAUUCGUGCUGAUAUAGCUAUUCCUCAGGGACUUCCUAACACUGGGGUCGGGCACAUGUUGCUGCUGCCUCAGAGCUUUGGGAACAUUUACCUUGGCGAAACCUUCUCUUGUUGUCUCUGUGUCCACAAUGAUGGGAAUGAUGCCAUCCGAGAAGUUUCAAUUAAGGCUGUCUUGCAAAUGAGCAACCAACGGGUGCCAUUGCUGGGUGAGGAAGACAAUGAAAUGCUACAUCAGCUUGAAGGAAAUGGCACCAUCAAUGAGGUUAUACAGCAUGAAGUUAAGGAUAUUGGCACUCACAUCUUGGUUUGUGCUGUAAGUUAUUUGUCAGCUUCUGGAGAUCGACUUAACUUUCGCAAAUUCUUCAAGUUCCAAGUCAUGAAGCCUCUGGAUGUAAAGACCAAGUUCUAUAAUGCAGAGGAUUUUGUUUCAGAUGAGGUUUACCUUGAAGCUGGAGUCCAAAACAUUACAUCUGGGCCACUCUGCUUAGAAAAAGUGGAGCUUGAACCUUCACCAUUCUUUUCAGUUACACCUAUGAAUAAGAUUUCUCAAGAAUCGAAUAUGUUGGUGUUUGGAAGAAUGAAUGUCGUCAACCCCCAUGACACCAGACAGUACUUGUAUUGCCUCAAACCCAGACCAGAGGCUCGCAGCAAUCCAGCAGCUCUUCGACAAGCCACAGCAAUAGGAAAACUAGACAUUGUAUGGCGAACAAACAUGGGCGAUCGUGGUCGACUUCAAACCAGCCAACUUCAGAGAAUGGCACCACAGUAUGGAGAUGUACGAGUGACAGUUGAACGAAUUCCCAGUGUGGUUCGUUUGGAAGAACAAUUUGAAGUUGGAUUAUCUAUCUCUAAUAUAUGUGAGCGGAUUCUAGAACUACACCUUGAGUUUCUGGGAGGUGGUGGAGGUUCAGAGUGGAGUGGAGUCAGCAGUUGCAGUCUACCACCUCUUCAGCCUGGACAGUCUACUGAUCUCUCACUCACUUUACUACCACUGCAAACUGGUUUGCAGACUAUUGCUGGAGUGCGCUUGACCGACACCUUCCUAAAAAGAGCAUAUGAUUAUGAAAACUUGGCUCAGGUAUUCAUAACAAAUGACAAAUCUGUAGAGAAAGAGGCAUUCUUUUCUGCAUGGGUCAACCAAGCUGCUUAAUUAUUUCUUAUUUCCUAAUACUGUUGGUAUGUAAUAUGAACAUAUAAUGUAUGUUACUGAAACUUGUAUGCUAUUGUACAGUAUUGUACUUUUGUUACUGUAGAUUAAUUUUGUUAAUGACUUGUUCACUGUUAUGUUUCACACAGGAUUUUGAAUCCUUUAUGAUUUUAAAAAUGCAAAAAAUAGCUUAAGACAUUGUCAUUAUGUGAGAUUAAGAAAGGAUAAUAAAAAUACUGUAUGAGUUUAUAAUUGUUUAUAACAUUUGGCUGUGUGUUAUAGUUAUGAGAUGAUGGUACGUGUAUUUUAUUAACAGCUAUUGGCAAUGUAAAUACCCUUGCAUUUAUGUGACCACUCAUUAAGGGAUGUAAAAGUCAAUAUUGAAUAUUAUUACCAUCUGCAGCCUAUACUAAUGUCAGUACACGGCAAUCUCCAAAAUCUGGAUCAUUUCAUUCUGGACCCACUCCGAUUUCCGAAUAAUUGUUCUUUAUUGGCUAUAGCCAAAUUUUCAAGAUUUUUCUUUUGGCAAAAGAUAUAAUACAUGUUUAAGCAGAUUCAAACUUACAAAUAUGUUUUUGUGUGAAUAAAAAUUGAGUUAUA